GUGACUGGCAAGCAUGUGAGGCUAGAGCGCCUCGCGCAGGACCAUUUCCCUGACCUUUGGGAGAACAUGGGAUCUCACCAAGAUCUCUGGACAUGGUGGCCUGACGGGCCAUACGAAACACGUGAGGAGCAUGAUAAGAUGCUGAGCGAGUUCAUGGAGUUUCUCAAAGACGACCUCACGGUUUGGACCAUCAUUCUCGUUUCCGGACCUAAACAAGGCAAAGGAGUCGGCCUUGCGCUUGGUCUAUCCGAGCAUCGCGACUCCCAUCGAAUCGGCGAGCUUGGACUCUUCUUCGGUCCCGAUUUACAGGCGACUAGGGCAGGUACGGAAGUGCCCUAUCUCGUCACCGAUCUUCUCUUCAAGGGAAACCAUCGAAGAGUAGGAUGGAAAACAAAUUCCUUGAAUAAGCAGUCUACAAAUGCUGCAAAGAGAUAUGGAUUUGUGCAUGAAGGGACAUUCAGACAAGAUCAGAUCAAUAAAGGGAGGAGCAGAGACACCGCUUUCUUCUGUGUUCUCGAUUCCGAAUGGCCAUUGUGCAAGGCCGCGUUUGAAAAGUGGUUGGAGGAUGAGAAUUUUGAUGAACAGCAACGACAGAAACGCAACUUACAGGAGAUAAGAGAAAGCCUAAAGUAG